UAAAUACGCUGUGGCUUUUUUUGAGGAAGUAAAUAUUUACAGUGCUACCAUAUUGAAUAAUUUUGCAUCCACAAGAAGGAAAUGUUUCUGUCAAUAACAUUUUUGUGAAGUUCAGGGUCUGAAUCACUUAGUCCAAAAGUCAGUGAUGGCCCGACUUUGGAGAACACAAUAUUUGUUGACCAUUCUGAUUGCUUCUCUGUUUAAUAUCUGUUACGGAUAUUUGAAAUGUUCACGGGUUGACUUUGGAAAUAGUUCCACAACUGCCGUUAUUGAACAAAACACUACUUAUUGUGUCUGGGAAAUUAAACCUACAAAAGAAACACUUUUGAUCAGGAUUCUGGAAGGGGCCUGCUCACAUGAUGGUAUUAUGUCAAAGUAUGAAAACUUUGAAGAUUCUUUCUGGAAUUCAACAAGGUGUUCCACUAACAACGUAACCAUUUUAACAGAAACAACUGUCUAUAUCAGAUUUAACAUAUCAUCGCCAUUAGAUUUGCUGCAUGUUUCAAGAUACGACUGUAAUAAAACCCACACAGAUCUUGCUGGCAAUAUAAUCCUCCACUUUCCAAAAGGACAGUUCCAUGUUACACCCAUAAUCUGCAAACACACCAUUGAUUUACCUCAGUAUUAUACCAUUGAUCUCAAAAUAAAAGAUGUCCCUCUGAGGAAAAAUGAUACGUUUAUCGUGAGAGACAGACGAUCAGAGAUUAAAAACAUAGCUGGUACAGAUACAUCUGCAAAAAGAUUCAGAAUUAUGAACUCAUCCUACAUUGAACUAGAAUACCAAUCUACUUCUGGGGGAUUUUUCAACUCUUGCAUGGAUCUUAAUUUUUCUUGGUCACACUGUGGUGGGAUGUUCAAUGAUACUGUGAACUUUUCAACCUCCAUUGAGAAGGGCACACCUGUGAAUGUGGAUUGUUUAUUUGUGAUGGAAAGAAAAUUGUCUGACAAAUUUGAUUUUCUUCUAACAAACUAUUUUCUAACCACAACAAGUUGUGAAAAAGACUUUUUACAGUUAUAUCAAGAUAAUAAUGGAGAAGGUCAACUUUUAAAGCAGUACUGCAAUAAUUCCAGGGAUGACGUCACACACCUGUCAACCAAUAGAAUAAUGCUCAGACUUGUCUCCACUGAACCAGAUUCAAAUAUUAGUUUCUCUGGAAAAGUUUUUCAAAGAGAAGGGUGCGGUAAGAGUAUGUUUUACCACCAAGGACGAAUACAAAAUCCUACCAAUACACUGGCUUCUUCCUGUCGGUAUUCCAUUAAUACACAAAGAGGAAGUCGUAUAUGGAUCGUCUUGAAUAAUAUGUCAUUGCCUGAAAGAAAUAAUGGAUUUUGUACAGAUUACUUGCAGGUAACGGAUCUCAGUAGUACAUUUAGCGCUACACAACGUUAUUGUGGGGAUGUAUACGACCAUCAUCAAUUGCUGUCUGGCAACAGGGCUCUCAUCAUGUUUCAAACCAAUGGAAACCAGGAUGAUUUAAAUGCUAGAUUUCAUAUUGAAUUUACAGAGUGUGGAGGGUAUUUCGCUGGAUUUUCUGGAGAAAUCACGGGAUUUAACAUCAGCAGGGACAGAAGUUCCUCAGAAAAGUGUUUAUGGAGGAUUGGCCACCCUACUCCACGGAACAUUACAAUCCGUUCUAAAGAGAAGUUUUCUGAUUAUUGUAACAAAUCUGUAAAGCUUAAUUUUGCUGAAAAUAAAACCAUGGAACUCUGCAACUACAAUUCCAGUUUCAUAAGGACGUUUGAUCAUGUUGAAAUAGAAAUCCCAUUACCAGUAUUAAUGUCUGAUUCUUCUUUUCUGACGUGGAUUGCCUGUGAUACAGUCCAAAAUGCCAGUCAUGGCAUGACAUCUGUUGAUCUAGUAUUGUACGAAUACCUGAACACCAGUUGCCCGCUAAUAUUGAAUGCCUCCCACCCGGAUAGCUAUAUCCUGUACCUAGAGACCACAAGCAAUGACUGUCUAGGAGGGUUUCAAAUUGACGACCACAAACAUAGUCUUACGGCUCUGAAUACAAAUAUGUUGCACUUCCCUAGUCCUGUAAAUAUUUCUCUCCUCGCCACAAACAAGACAAGACGGAAACAAGAGUGUCAGCUUCACAUCAGCUGGGAAGCAUGCAACCAGACAUUUAUCGGAGAAAACGGAACAUUUAGAUCCCCUGGAUAUCCAGAUAGAUAUUUCACAAAUCUUACGUGUUUCUACAAUAUAACUGCUCCCAUUGGACAGCAUAUCAACCUUACCUUUAAAGACUUUGAUGUCGGUAAACCGACAAAUGACAAGAAAUGUGGCGGAGACCGAGUAGAGAUCCACGAUUCUGGCUAUGUCGGUCCUCAUGACGACAUCCACUGCGGAGAGCAAGACAAAGACGAACUGAUUCAGUACCUGAGUACCGGACACUCGCUCAUCUUGCGUUUUGUCUCGGAGGGAAAUCAGGGGAGUCGAUUUAGAGGAUUCAGUGUUACAUAUGAAUUCUUUGAACAAGGAAAGACAACUCUUGGACAGGCUGAUUCAGAUCAUUCAGAAUAUCAUGAGAUCAAAAAAGGCCUUUUGUCAUACAGAACCACCCUCGCUACCACCGUGGCCAUGGGUGUCUGUAUCGGUGUUCUUGUCUUCGUUGUCAUAGCCCUUGCUGGCUUUCUCGUACGACAGAGAGGAUGUCAAAGUGCGCAUGUCCCUGUCGUUCCACAGGGAUCAAAUGCUUCAACUUCUGACAUGAAUGGAACUCUAAGUCCACAAUUAAGAAAACAAGGUUAUAUAAAGAAGAAGGAUUCUAAUGGUCUAUCUACCCCCAUUCCUGGAAAUCGACAUUCACCCCGAAAUAGUAACAAAGAAAACAGUGAUAAACUGCAAGAGGAUAUUGAGAAAAAUCAAAUAAAGGAAAACGGAAUUUACAAUCAUCUACAUGAGGGCCCGAAUAGCCCCACUACUCAAGACAAAGGGGAAUAUUCGUUUGCCAGUGAAGAAAAUAAAGAAUACAGCAAAUGUGGAUCGAUUCCCAAAAAGUUUGAAAUUUUAGGUGAUACUGUAUAUGACACUUCAAAAACUACUCCGCCAAAUUCUGACGUCAAGCGAACGAAGGCAAAUAAGGGUACUGUGAGCAAAACUGUGGAAAACUAUGGCAAUUCAAAAGUCCUAAAUUCUGAGAUUGUGCAUGGAGAUCCUAAGAAUGAGAACAGUUUAAAGGAAGAAAAGCUUGAUGUUAAUAAUGAAAUUGAGCAAAAACUUGAAAGCAAGCCUAUUUCAGAUACUGAUAAAUCUAAAAGAAAAUCAGGUGUCAAGAAAAAGAAAAGAACCGAGAAAGACCUUCAAGGAAUACCGGAGGUUAAUAAGAGUGUUUAUGGUAAUAUAGGCUCAAAAAAUGAGGAAUAUGGAAAUUGGGAAGAAAUAUCUGCAAACAGGAAGGGAAGAAACACUUUGAUCCCCGAGAAUGACGAGUUUUAUUCGAACACUGCCUCAAUUUACAGCAAUAACAUACAAGAAGACGUUUACAGUAAUUGUAGUAGUGCUUUAUAAAAACAAACAAACAGUUCUGAAUUUCAUUUUAUUGAGGUAAAGCAUAUGGGCCCGUGUCAAGAGUACUUUUAAAAAAUGAACAAUAAAAUACAUAAUUUUUAACAAAAU